AUGAUUUUAUCUACUAUAUUAACGUGUAGCAAUAAAUCACUACUCAAAAAGAUAUUUACUAUUGCGGGUACUAGGUUGAAUACCAAUUUACUCCGAAAAAGGUGGGUAUCCAAAAGUACUAGAACUUAUAACAACGGCCUUAAUAAUAACGUUAACAAUAUACCACUAUACAAGCUACCUAAUACACCAAAACAAUAUUUGAGAUGUACAAUUUUCAAUGAAAGAGGCGAAAUUGAAGAAUUCAAUACUGAGUUUAGUAAAGAUGAAUUAUGCAGCCAGCACCAUUUAUAUCCAAGAGAUUUACGUAAGCUUAAUAGUAGAACAUCCACCGAGACUAGUAGUAAUAUUAAUACUAGCAUAACGGCAGAAAGCCACACUACGAGUACAAGUUAUAAUAUCAGCAAUAAACUUAUCGGUGAUAUGUUAGUCCCCAGUUGUAUUGUACGGGAUGAUUCAAUACUUUUGAAUAUUCUAGAUAUUAGUUGUUUGAUUAAAUCGAAUAUGGUUAUAUUAUUUGAGCAAAAAGAUUAUAAAAAUCCUAAUAUUAAAGAGUAUGAUUUAUAUAAGCAUAGUAAUUUGAUUAAUGAGUUGAGCAUAAAGUUACGAAGCACUAACACGUCUACCAAUAAUAUAAAUAACGCAACAAAAAAAGCUGGAACUAACAGUAACAAAGCAAGUGACUCACAGGAACAACAAAUGUUAUAUACCACGCUACCUUAUGAGUUUAGAGCACUAGAGGCCAUAUUUACACAGUGUAUUAAAAAUUUAGCUCGUGAUAUGAACAUUUUAUUACAAUCUUCUUCCUCAAUACUAAAUGAUUUAGAGUACAGUAUUAAUAGAAUAAAGUUACAGAAAUUACUUAUGCAAAACAAGGUACUAUUUGCAUUCUAUAAAAAGUCCAUAUUGUGUAGGGAUAUGAUUGAUGAUUUGUUAGAUCAGGAUGAUUUAUUAUCUGAAAUGUAUUUAACAGUGGCAAGAAAGGCAACGGAUGAUCAUGAGGAGAUUGAAAUGUUAUUGGAGAAUUAUUAUAGUCAUGUUGACGAAGUAGUACAAACCGUUGAAAAUUCAUUAAAUAGUAUCAAGACUACUGAAGAAAUUAUCAAUAUCAUUUUAGAUUCUAAUAGAAAUCAGUUGAUGUUGUUAGGAUUGCGCUUUACUAUUGGACUAUUGUCGUUAGGCGGUGGUUUGUUUGUAGCCUCCUUGUAUGGGAUGAAUUUGGAGAAUUUUAUUGAACACACUGACCUCGGAUUUUAUUCUGUUUGUACGGUUGCAAUUAUUAUAAUAAGCUUUCUAUUUGUUUUCAGUAUUAAAAGUUUAAACAGUUUAGAGAAAAUAACCAUGAUGGGUCACCAACAGAAACAGAUAAAAACUUUAAAUAGCGGUAAAACAAAAGCAUAG